CUUCAUUUAUAGGACCGUCUGGCUCACCAUCGAUGGCUGCUUUUCUUCCAGUUUGGGGAGAGUGAUAAAUCAAAUGUACAGGAAUUUAAGAAACUUAAAUUUUUACUUAAAGAUGAACAUAUUCAGGUUGGCAAGUUUGACUGUCUUUCCUCACCAAUGAUCUGCAACAAACUAUAUGUCUAUCAGCCUUGUUUAGCAGUCUUCAAAGGAAAAGGAACUGGAGAUUAUGAAAUUCAUCAUGGAAAGAAGAUUUUAUAUGACAUUGUUGCAUUUGCCAAAGAAAGUGUCAACUCUCAUGUUAUCACACUGGGACCUCAGAAUUUUCCUGACAAAGACAAGGAACCAUGGCUUGUGGAUUUCUUUGCACCGUGGUGUCCUCCCUGUCGAGCUUUGUUACCAGAGCUGAGAAAAGCAUCAAAACAUCUCUAUGGUCAGCUUAAAUUUGGAACACUAGACUGUACUGUCCAUGAAGGGCUUUGCAACAUGCAUAACAUUCGAGCUUACCCAACAACCGUUGUGUUCAAUCAGUCUGAUGUUCAUGAAUAUGAGGGACAUCACUCUGCUGAGCAGAUCUUGGAGUUUAUAGAGGAUCUCAGGAAUCCCUCGGUGGUCUCCCUAACACCAGAGACAUUUGCUGAAUUAGUUCAGAGAAGAAAACGAGAGGAAAUCUGGAUGGUUGACUUCUACGCUCCGUGGUGUGGACCUUGUCAGGCUUUAAUGCCAGAAUGGAAAAAAAUGGCCAGGAUGUUGAAUGGAUUAAUCAAUGUAGGCAGUGUGGACUGUCAAAAAUAUUACUCUUUCUGUCACCAAGAAAGUGUUCGGGGAUAUCCUGAAAUAAGACUCUUCCCUCAAAAAUCAAACGCAGCUCAUCAAUAUUAUAGCUACAAUGGAUGGCACAGAGAUUCAUAUUCACUGAGAGGCUGGGCAUUGGGAUACUUACCACAAGUGUCUGUAGACCUGACUCCUCAGAGUUUCACAGAAAAAGUUCUGAAUGGAAAAGAUCACUGGGUCAUUGAUUUUUAUGCUCCUUGGUGUGGACCUUGCCAAAAUUUUGCUCCUGAAUUUGAGAUCCUUGCAAGGACAAUUAAAGGAAAAGUAAAAGCUGGAAAAGUAGACUGUCAGACAUAUGCUCAGACCUGUCAAACUGCUGAUAUCAGAGCCUACCCUACUGUUAAGUUUUACCCCUACCAAGGAACAAAGAAAAAUGUUCUUGGCGAAUAUAUAGACAGCAGAGAUGCAAAAGGUAUUGCUGACCUUUUGAAUGAAAAAUUAGAAGCAAUUCAAAAUAAAGGAAAAAGAAAAAAAUCUAGAAAUAAGGAUGAACUCUAAGUGGUACUGGAGGUAGAUACAAUUCAAAAUAUUCUGAAGCUGUGAAUAUAGAAGAUGCCACAAGGCAAAUACAAGGCUGAUUACAUUCAUGACAGGACAAGAGAGGUGAAAACUAGUUUGCGUUCACGGGCAUAUGUGACUGUAUGAAUUCUGUUUAAACUGUGGGGAGAUGAAAGCAUGAAAGCGUUCUGGUUUUGGUGGAACCAUUCAAUGUUUCUGCAAAUGAAUUCUGCAUGUCUGUCUUCUGAUAUACCACCUUCUUCCUAGUCAAACAUUGGAGUUGACCAGAAAUGUGGACUGUUACCACUCUUGCCUACCCAUUUACUAGUUCCUUACAUUUUUCUGUCUCUUUUCAAACACUUUUUGAAUGUGGCACUCAGCCUAUGGCUGAAUAUGCACUCAUACCACUCUGCAAUGCAGAAACACAAUGAGGGAUUGUCUAUUUGAAAGACAAACAGUUUUACCUGAUGAUAUUCUGCUUUGGAGUUGCAUUAUUGUGUAGUC